ACACCAACUGUGUGAACAUUGAGCAGCGAGCGAACUUCAGUUCAUAACGGACUUUGUAUGUUAGCGGGCGUAUAAAUUAUUUCGGUUAGCUACAAAAUUCCGCCUACACACAUUUUAUAAAUAAACAAUCGUGUUUUGUGACAGUGAAAUAGAUUAAAAAUGACCAACGCACCAGUGAAAAAAGUCCCCAUACAUUUACAGAGCUCCCAAAACCGACUAUUGAUCAAGAAUGGCCGGGUCAUCAAUGAUGAUGGAAUGGAAGACGCUGAUGUGUACAUCGAAGAUGGAAUCAUCAAACAAGUCGGCCGUAACCUAAUAAUUCCUGGGGGCACCCGCACUAUCGACGCGACUGGGAAGCUGGUGAUGCCCGGGGGUAUCGACCCCCACACUCAUUUGGAACUGGAGAUGAUGGGAGCCAAGACUGCUGAUGAUUUCUAUAAGGGCACUAAGGCUGCGGUAGCUGGUGGCACUACUACCAUCAUUGAUUUCGUGCUUCCAAAUAAGGGUCAGUCCUUAUUAGAAGCUUAUGGCAAUUGGAGACAAAAGGCUGACAAUAAAGUAUGUUGCGACUACGCACUGCACGUAGGCGUGACUUGGUGGUCUCCGUCAGUCAAGAAAGAGAUGGAACAGCUGGUGGCGGAACACGGAGUGAACUCCUUCAAGAUGUUCAUGGCAUAUAAGGACGCUUGGAUGCUGGAGGACUACGAACUCAUGGUUGCCAUGGAAACCUGUGCUGAGCUGAGGGCGUUGGCUCAGGUGCACGCAGAAAAUGGCAACAUUAUAGCUCGUAACACCGAGAAGCUCCUUGAGGCUGGAGUGACAGGACCUGAGGGUCACCAACUCUCACGUGAUGAGGAAGUGGAAGCCGAAGCCGUCAACAGGGCCUGUGUGAUAGCCAACCAGGCAAAUUCUCCCCUAUACAUCGUUCACAUGAUGUCCAAGAGCGCCGUAAAGGCUCUACGGAUCGCGCGUUCGCGUCAGCGACCACCAGUGUACGGUGAAACCUUAGCCGCUACAGUUGGUACUGACGGUACCCAUUACAAGAACGCUUGCUUCCGUCACGCGGCCGCUCACGUAUUAUCACCACCUCUGCGACCUGAUCCUUCUACUCCCGAAGCCAUCGUACAGGCGCUCGCUGAUGACGACCUCCAAGUAAUCGCCAGUGAUAACUGCACUUUCAAUGAGAAAGAGAAAGAGUUGGGAAAAACCAAUUUUACCAAAAUCCCAAAUGGUGUGAAUGGUGUUGAAGAUCGAAUGGCCAUUUUGUGGCAGAAGGCUGUUAACACAGGUAUUAUGGAUCCAUGCCGUUUCGUGUCGGUGACGAGCACGACCGCGGCCCGUAUCUUCAACCUGUGGCCCCAAAAGGGUCGUAUUGCAGUUAACAGUGAUGCAGAUGUGGUCGUUUGGGACCCGAGAUUGGAGAGGACCAUUUCUGCCGCUACGCACCAUCAUGCCGUUGAUUUUAAUAUAUUUGAGGGUCAACACGUAGUGGGCAGUCCUCAGUACGUGAUAGUGAACGGACGAGUGUGCUUGGACGACGGAAACCUUAGAGUCGUUGAAGGUCUCGGUAAAUACCUGAAGACUCCACCAAACUGCCCAUACAUCUAUGGAGAAGAAAGGUCCCGCUCACCACAGAUGGAGAACCUCGAGAUUCCUGUCACACCCUCGAAGAUCACCAACGGGACACCCACACACGACUCACAUGCAGAACUGAGCGUGGUCCAGAAACAGCUGGAGGGUAUGUCGGUGACGUCAUCAGGAUGCAGCACUCCCACGGGUCGUAAGAUGCGGGAGCCGACGCAGAGGAACCUGCAGAACUCCACCUUCUCUAUCAGCCAGGAAAUGGAAGGUCUCAAUACGAAGACGUCUGUCCGCGUGCGUAACCCGCCCGGCGGUAAAUCCUCAGGACUCUGGUAAAAACCGGUUUUAACUGAAAAUCACCGCGCAUAACCGGUCAAAACCGGCUCAGUGCUUCGCGGGACGCUUUUGCUUGUGAAAAUAUAUUUUGGGACGCACUGCGCCUACGCACUCACGGGGGUGCUUUAGCUUGUCAUUUUUUAAUCUAUUUCUAAUCGACGAACACGUGACAGGUUCAAUCGCGCUGACUGAAUAAGCAACUUUUUUGAUAAAAUUUGUGUUUCAAAGCUUUUUUCUUGUUAAAAGUAUAUUUAAAAAAAACAUUCUCAAAUCAGGCAUCAUCAUUAUCGGAGCUUGCUACAUUGGCUUAUUAUGUAUUAUAUAACUUCUUUAUAUAAUACAAAUUUAAAGUAUUAUAAUUUAUUUAAAUUAAUUUAUGCUGCUUUAUAUUGAGCUUAUAAAUAACUAAUAAAAGUUUUAUGUAAUUAUGACUAAAUUUUCAGCCUUCCUGGUGGUCUAGAUGGUAUGUAAUACCUAUAAGUUGUCUCAUAUUACAAUUUAUGUAAUUAAAUUUAUAAGGUUCGCGGGCUUGUGUGGAUUCUUGAAAAGCAUUGUUAUGUCAACUGUUUUCAAUAUAUGGCAGCUACUACUUAUUUAAAAAAUAAUAUAUUUUUUCACAAGCAAAGUGUAUGUAAACGUGAUAUGUGUUUGUAUGGUUAUGAACGUUUUCAUUAUUUUUAUAUACCCAAUUUGUGAAAAUGAUAUUUUUAUGUUUUGGGUCCCUGUUGAAUCCCUUAUGCUUCGAUAACAUGACUGAGUUAGGAAAAUAUGUUAUUAGCAAUUUGUCUAUUGCCAUUAAAAUAUGGCUUAAUUUUAGUGUUACCAGUAAAAUUAUUUUCAAGAAAUUUCGCAUAAAUAUAAUCUUUGCCUCCCAUGACGCACUCUGACAAGCCUUAAUUUAUUCCUAUAUAUCAUCUUUAUAAGAGAUGUCAUAAUUAAUAUUUUAGUGGUGAUUUUAUAUUUUACAAAAUUGACGUGUCAGAAUGAAAAAGAUGAAUGUCUGCCAUCUUGCCCCAUUGGGGGCAAUAGUUGCGGUAAUAUAUUAUAGACGAAUCAUAAACAUGUAUGAUAUUUGUUUAAUGUAUGCAUUUAACUAUGAAGAAACCAAUUUAUGUCAAAAUGGUUCGUUGGUACUUACCACCAAUUAGGCCUCCUAUUUUUAUUCAAUUAUUUAUAUAAUUUUCCGUUAUUUAGGUACAAUAUUGUAUCAUUUACUUAGAAAAUGAAUAAAACAGAUGCAAAUAUAUAUAAUUUCUCGAUUGUUAUUGUACUUUUGCUAUUUAGUGCAUCAUAUAACACAAAUAUUCACUGAAAUGACCAAAGUAGGACUUGCUACCUUUAUAGUAAGAUAGAUAUAAUGUUUUGUUAUAAUAAAUCCUCAAAUAGCUAAAAUUAUUGCUUUUAGCGCCAUCUAUAUUUUUAAUGUUAAAAUUUUCACAAAUUUGAACCAGCGCCAUCUAUUACCACAGAAAAGAUAAAUAAAGUGUGUAGGGCUUUUGGUACAAUUAUUUACUAGAAGACGGCAUUGCAUUCUGCGCUUAUUCACAAUCUGUCAUGUUUAAUCAUACGCGCUUCAUACUCGUUGUCAACAUUGCCCACCCGUCUCUAUUUAUCUAUUUCGUAUCGCUAACAAUAAGAAUGGCAAGUUUAAGGCAAAAAUAAAACAAAUUAGUACAAAUUACUUCCUUUACCACCCUUAACCUAGUCUUGUCCUCACAAUUUUAUAGCAUAUACAACUUUUCUAUUCCUGUCUGUUCUUUA